CGUAAUGGUGGUGUGAAGAUUGUUUAGCCAUUGACUGAAUUCUAAUAUUUUUAUUUGUACUUUAUAAUUAAUUAGCGUUAAUUGUACAUUAAGUGUUGUGGCUGCGGCCAUAUUAUGCUUUCUUAUGUGGAACCUUAAGCCGCCAGUGUUGGCCGAGGAGGGUGGCAAUCAGUGUAAAAAACGUUCCCAUCCCAACAGCGAACAGUGUCUCAAAAAAGGAAAAUCAGACGAUAUGAGUGCCAACGAGAAGAAAUCGAACUUUUCAUUGUUAUCUCCAAAUACAAAUGGAGCCGUAAAAUUAUCCUCGACCUCUAUGAACAAGCCAGGGGCGACUACAAAGAAGCUAAUAAUCAAAAAUUUUAAAAGUAAACCGAAUUUGCCGGAGAAUUACCAAGAGACGACAUGGAGCAAAUUGCGGGAGGCGGUGAUCGCAAUCCAAACGUCGAAAGCCAUUGCUUACUCUUUGGAGGAACUGUACCAGGCUGUGGAAAAUAUGUGCAGUCACAAGAUGGCAUCUCAACUGUAUGUAAACCUAACCAACCUGGUAGAAGCUCAUGUAAAGGCUAACAUCGAGCAGUUCCUCUCGGAGAGCAUGGACAGACAGGUGUUCCUCAAGCGCAUGGAUGACUGCUGGCGAGCCCACUGCCGCCAGAUGAUCAUGAUCCGCAGCAUCUUCCUGUACCUCGAUCGCACUUAUGUGCUACAGAACCCUAGCAUUCAUUCAAUUUGGGACAUGGGCCUAGACCUGUUCCGUCACCACAUAGCAAUGAACACGUUAGUGCAAACCCGCACUGUGGAUGGUCUACUAUUGCUCAUUGAGAAGGAGCGCGGAGGUGAUGCUGUAGACCGGUCUCUAUUGAAGAGUCUACUUAGGAUGCUCUCCGAUCUGCAGAUUUAUCAGAAGGCUUUUGAGAAUAAAUUCUUGCAAGCAACAGAAAGGUUGUACGCGGCGGAAGGCCAGCGUCUGAUGAGAGAAUUAGCUGUACCCCAAUACUUGGCGCACGUCGAGAAGAGACUGCGGGAAGAAAAUGAACGGCUUAUACAUUACCUCGACCCAUCCACCAAAUGGCAACUAAUUCACACUAUAGAAAGACAGCUUCUCAGUGAACACCUGUCAGGCAUUCUUAGCAAAGGCCUAGAGGCACUUAUGGACGGGCCCCGGGUCAAUGACCUCACCACGCUGUACAGCCUCUUCAGCAGAGUCAAGGACGGUCUCACUGAGUUGUGCAAUCACUUUAACGCUUAUAUUAAGAAAAAAGGUCGUACGAUAGUAAUAGAGCCCGAGCGGGACAAGACGAUGGUCGCCGAGCUGCUGGAGUUCAAGGAGCAGCUGGACCACGUGGUCAGCACGUGCUUCCAGAGGAACGACAAGUUCCUGUACUCCAUGAGGGAGGCCUUCGAGCACUUCAUCAACCAGAGGCAGAACAAGCCAGCGGAGCUUAUAGCGAAAUUCGUGGACGUGAAACUGCGAGCUGGCAACAAGGAGGCGACGGAGGAGGAACUGGAGCGCUUGUUGGACAAGAUCAUGGUGCUGUUCCGCUUCAUACACGGCAAGGACGUCUUCGAGGCGUUCUACAAGAAGGAUCUGGCCAAGAGGCUGCUAGUGGGCAAGUCGGCGUCCGUGGACGCGGAGAAGUCGAUGCUGAGCAAGCUGAAGCAGGAGUGCGGCGGCGGGUUCACGUGCAAGCUGGAGGGCAUGUUCAAGGACAUGGAGCUCAGCAAGGACAUCAAUAUCACAUACAAACAGCACCUGGCGGCGUCUCCGGAAGGCGGCCUGGAGCUGUCCGUGUACAUCCUCACCAUGGGGUUCUGGCCCACCUACCCGCCCGUGGACGUGAGACUGCCGGCCGACUUGACCCGGCACCAGGACCACUUCAGCAAGUUCUACCUCGCCAAGCACUCGGGCAGGAAGCUGCAGUGGCAGGCCACUCUUGGCCAUUGCGUGCUGAGGGCUCACUUCACACAGGGUAACAAAGAGCUGCAGGUGUCGCUGUUCCAAGCCCUAGUCCUACUUCUAUUCAACGACGGCGACAACCUAUCCUUUGAAGACAUAAAAACUGCCACUAACAUUGAGGAGGGAGAACUCCGGCGCACGCUGCAGUCGCUGGCGUGCGGCAAGGCGCGCGUGCUCAGCAAAACUCCGCGCGGGAGGGAGGUCGCGGACGGCGACCACUUCGCCUUCAACGCGGACUUCACCAACAAGCUGUUCCGCAUCAAGAUCAACCAGAUACAGAUGAAGGAGACUAGUGAAGAACAGAAGGCGACCGAAGAGCGGGUGUUCCAAGACCGCCAGUACCAGAUCGACGCGGCCAUCGUGCGCGUCAUGAAGAUGAGGAAGGCUCUCUCGCACAACCUGCUCAUCUCGGAACUCUACAACCAGCUCAAGUUCCCGGUCAAGCCGGCAGACCUGAAGAAACGUAUAGAAUCACUAAUCGACCGCGACUACAUGGAGCGAGACAAGGACAACCCCAACCAGUACAACUACGUCGCGUAAUCCCCCCCCCCCCCCCCCCACUUUUAUCCCUUCUUCCGCCCUUUUAUCCCCUCCUGCCCCCCACUGCCCCAGUGGAACGUAUGCCGACUCACGAUUCUCUCUCGAUAACGGACAUAUUUGUAUGACUUUCGUGAUAAAAAAAGAAAAGAUGGCCAUAAUUCUGAGCAACAUUCUUUUAUGACUAAGGUAUGUGCUAUCUCUGUCUAGUUCUCUUAGGGAAAUAUCGACAAAUUAAUUUUUUUAUUUGAAAAGUUUCUUCAGGAAAGAACUGUUUACAGUCAAUAUCGCAGACCUAAUUGUAAAAUAACAGACAGUUUAUUAUAUGUAACCGUAUGUUUCAUCAACGGAGAGCUUGAUUAAAAUCUGUUUCUCUCUUGAAUAUGUCGCCGGUAAUUUAGCUGUAUUGUAAUAUAAUUUUGUACAAAUAUUUUGCUGUUGUUUUAACUUGACUCUAACAUUUUUUUCUCAUUUACUAUAACUAUCAACACUUCAAAUUUAUUGAGAGUCAUUGGUAAUACCCAAUAUAAUGAGAAUACAAAUGACAAAUUAAAAAUGUUCACUUCAAAAUAAUCUAGUAUAUAAUUUACUUGAUUAUUUUGAAGUGAACAUGUUUACUUCUUGAUCUAUGGACAAGCAUUUGAAAGCUACAUGAGAAAUGUCGCCCGUUUCCUGCGACAAUUCGCGGUUUGCAUUAGUGUUGACCCGUGUCAAAGUCUUUAGUCCAUUGAUAGAGAAUUAAGGACAGGACACAUUAAUGAAUUCAAUAUCGAAAGUUAAUUAAAAAGGUACAGCAAGUGAUUGUUCGUAACAUUUUAGUUACAAUACUAGUUUUCAAGACUUACAUAAGAAUUUCUGCUCUUCGUAAUCGAGAUAAAAGAGAAUGUGGGUAAGCGGCAUACAGAAGACGACGCUUUUAGUUAGUUAACCGCUCUAUUCAAUUGACAAAAGUAAUCUGCUAGAUUAAAGUUUGUUAAUGUUAAGUACGACUUACGAUUAACUAUAAGUAUGCCUGCCACGAUUUUAGAGCCACGUUUAGGAUAAUAUCUAUCGGAAACGAUUACUAAGAAACCUCUUUGUAUUUAUUAUAUCUCUCUCCUGAUAGUUUGGUUUGUGAUGCCAAAUAAAACGGACCAGAUGUGGGAAUCUGCCGGUGUUGUGCGUGAAAAUUUAUUAAUUACUUUCUAAGACAAGAAACUGGUUCACUGAUGUAUAAUAAAUAUUUAUAGUUAAGUUUCAUU